GGCAGCCCUUGACUAGCGACUAGCGGAGGGCUGUUGUGUCUCUGAUGGAGUGACUCCCCGGCACAGCUCUCUACAGCUCUGUCUGGUCCACAACAGUCUCUACAGCUCUGUCCAGUUCACAUCGCUCUCUACAGCUCUAUCCAGUCCACACCUCUCUCACCAGCUCCAGGGGAAAGAAACUGGUAUAGUCUUUCCUCUCUUCAAAGAUGAACCUCUUCUGCUUCUCUCUGGAGGGUUCUAUGGGCAGUCUGUAUGAGGCUGUGCAGGACUCCAGUGAUGCCCAGGUCUACACCAACCCCAGCUGUUCCUCCAGCCGUUCCUCCAGCCGCUCCUGUAGCCCCGCCGUGCUGCUGAAUGAAAAGUUGCGUGGCUCGGGACGAUCCAUCUCCAUGGAGAUCUCCCAGAUGCAGAACAACACCGACAAAAAGAAAAGAAGAACACAUAUAUCCAAAUCAGCAUCAGAUAACGGAACAUUAGAUCAUGCCGCUGCCAGCGGCAAUACUGCUCUCUGGCUGCCCGCCAAAGUCCCUCCAGAAAACGAUUUAGAUUUAGUCCACAUUGAGAACAAUCAAAACGAAGAGAUGGUCAAGCCCAUGCUCAGAACUGAGGUCCAGACCAAAGCCAUGAUCAGAACCAAUGCCAAGACCAAAGUAGGAAGAGGAGGACGCAAGUCGAGCAUAAAGAAGAAUGAAAAACCACCAACCCCACCAACAACUCAGAUGAUUGUCCAUGACAACGGGGAAGUGGCCAGGCCCAGAAUGCCAAUCAAAAGGAGUCAAAAGCCUGGGAGUCCAAAGCCUGGGAGUCAAAAGCCUGGGAGUCAAAAGCCUGGGAGUCAAAAGCAUGGGAGUCAAAAGCAUGGGAGUCAAAAGCCUGGGAAUCAGAAGACUUGUAAGAAAGGGAGUACAAAAAAUGGAAAAGAAUGGGCCAAGAAAAAUCAGGACACCACACGAAGUAAGGAACUCAGAAAAUCUACCACAGACCACGACACUUAUGCAGGGCCCAUCCCAGUGAUGGCAGGACCGUAUCUGGAUGUGGUCCGGAGGUCAGCUGCUGAUUGUGAGUCUGUACUACCAUCAGCCCAGGAGAAUGCUACCCUAGCCCCGGGUGCCAUGGAGCUGAGGACCGGGCCUGGAGGCCCUGGAGCUCAUCCUAGGAACCAUUGCUGGAGUAACCCAGCUGAGAACGUUCAGGCCUGUGGGACAUCCUACCACAUCUGCUGCAGGCCCCUCACAGACUACCCCGUUUAUGCCCAUGACUACACCCUGCCCCGGGCCAAGGACAAACACCAGGAUCUGUACCAAGAUGAGAGCCUGAAACGAGACCCCUCGCCCCAGGGUGUCUCUCUCUCUGUUACUGAUUUGGACCUCUGCAACCCCAAUGUGAGUUAAUGGCAAACAAUGACAACAUAGCCAUCUGUUAAAGUAGAUUAUAGUAGAUUAUAUAGUAUAUCUGUAAUAGACUGGGCAUUUUGUGGACAUUUUUGUUCCAAUCUAUACCCUACUUCAAAUGCCUUGGAACAAACCAAUCAUUACAUUCCAUUGAAAUAGAUGAUUUGGGUUUAUUUUAAUCCAUAGUAAGUGACUGCUAUAAAAACUAUGAUUUGGUAAACAAACACUAGGAAAGAGGAUGGGCUCACAUGCACUCAUUGAGAUAUUUCUAUACAUGCAGUAUACUGUAUCAAUCGGAAAUGCAGUGAGCACAUGCUCUGGGUGCUUUGUGUGAGACAAAGCUGUUGUUUGGACUUUACGUGACAUUGGGGCAGAUUAUUUCAGAUUACUCCAGUGUUGUGAUUGCGUAGGCUCCUAUAUUUUUUUUUUUCUUUGGUUCCUGGAGAGGGAUCAACACCUAUUGGUUACAGGCCAUUGAAGGAAAAACUGGGGAAAAGGAGUGGCUAGUGUUUGGACAAAUGUUUAUCUUUAGAAAGCUGUAUUAUGGCUAUUUAAGAUUUUUCUUUCUAAUAAACAGGGUUAUAAAAUAUAAAA